AUGCCACUGACGAGAAGUGCGAUGCGCAAGACUCAAGAAGCGGUUGAGCCGCCGGCCGCCAUGCCGACCGAGCCAAACGUUGACAAGACCGAAUCGCCCCUCGAUCGUCACCUGCCUGCGAUCGAAGAUGAGUCUAGCCAGGAUACCGAGGUCGGUGAUACCUACAAGCCGCCAAUCGACACCGAGGGUUCUGUGAGCACGAUUGUGGAUGGGCGUACGGACAGCACUCAAAGCCUCACGGGCUCGAAGGACGAUCUGGAAGAGAAGAUUCGAGCAGUCAAGAGGCCGCGCCGAAACAAGAACAAGCAUCAGGUGCAGCUGGAGGUCGAUGAGGUCAACGUACCCUCUGCUGCCGAGAUUGUGCAAAAGGUCCGCGAGAUGAAUCGCGCGUCGCCAAAGCUCAAGCGUGGACGCCACUUUGCUUUUCGGGGCUACACUACACCGCUGGAACGUGCCCAUGAUGCUCUUCUGAUGCGCUUCAAUCUACGCGAGCUGCAGGACUUCGUCGACAAUUGUGAAGGGCGCCCAAUCACCCGCAGGCAUCAGCCCCCUAUCUCUGUGCGCCACGGGAAGAUUGAUGGGCAUGCUCGUCGUCAGAACCUGACGGUCGCCGCACGCGAGAAAUUCGGCUCGUUCGAUCAAACGCGUCCGUCCUACCCCUUCAGCGUCAUCCAGAUCGGCAGUUACCAGAGUUACCAUGCAAUCGACGAGCCCACCCACAAGGAACAAGAAAAUCGACCCAAUUCAAUCACGUUGAGCCCGCAAACGCGCCGCAUGAUCUACGAGUUCUCGUCAUACGAUGCUAACCGCACCCUGUGCUACUUUGUCUGGGUGGUGUCCUUGGAGAAUAUCGUGGCUCUGCACUUCACACACGAUCUUCUUUAUGUCCGACUGAAGGAGCCGGCAACUCAGGCUACGGCCUUUAAUGGUCCGGUUUCGACGCCCGGUCUCGAUGUGACCAAUGGUGAACGCGACGCUUCAGUGCUCCACUACUUCCGACUGCUACACGAUACCACGCCAAUGAAAGAGUGGUUCCUCAACUUCGACCGCGCCUUCUUCGAACCUCGAAUGCUCGGCUACAUGGACUUCUUCCAGGCACUUUACGGUAAACUUGACCCGACGGCGUUUGUGACGGCUGCCAACCAACCAGCCUACCAGGACAUCAAUAUGCAAGUCACCGGCCGAGCCAAUCAGUACCACUAUCAUCCACCACAGCCGAUGGAGACCGAGGACUUUAACAAUGCUGUAAUCAUGCAAGAGCAAGAAGCACUCUGUGAUAUCAAGGCCACCCCCGGGACGCAGACUGGCCUCGUCGAUUUUGGUCCGGUGAACAAUAUGACUGGAUAUGCGGACGCCGACAUGUUCUUCGUCCUUCCGGCCCAAGCCAGCGGCGACUCUUCGAUGCAACCAUCCGCCUCCAAGAAGCAACUAAUCCCU